CUCCUGGUCCCACUGGAAGACCCGGACUCCCAGGGGACAAAGGUGCCAUUGGGAUGCCUGGACGUGUGGGAGUAAAGGGCCAACCAGGCGAGAAGGGGUCCCCCGGAGAUGCUGGGCUGUCCAUCAUUGGUCCCCGUGGCCCCCCUGGUCAACCAGGCACUAGAGGUUUCCCUGGAUUUCCGGGUCCCAUUGGGCUGGACGGCAAACCGGGCCACCCAGGACCAAAGGGCGACAUGGGUCUGACGGGUCCCCCAGGACAGCCGGGACGCCAGGGACAAAAAGGAGAAAAGGGUCAGUGUGGAGAGUACCCACACCGGCUGCUGCCUCUCCUCAAUUCAGUGCGACUGGCUCCACCCCCGGUCAUAAAAAGGCGGACAUUCCAGGGUGAACAGAGCCAGGCCAGCAUCCAAGGUCCUCCAGGGCCCCCAGGCCCCCCUGGACCAAGUGGACCUCUGGGGCACCCAGGACUGCCAGGGCCUAUGGGGCCACCCGGCUUACCUGGGCCUCCUGGACCAAAGGGAGACCCAGGGAUCCAGGGCUACCACGGCCGGAAGGGAGAACGGGGCAUGCCAGGGAUGCCAGGCAAGCAUGGAGCCAAGGGGGCGCCCGGAAUUGCCGUGGCUGGGAUGAAGGGUGAGCCAGGGAUCCCAGGAACCAAGGGAGACCCAGGAGCAGAAGGGAAGCCGGGGCCCCCAGGUUUGCUGGGAAAGAGGGGGCAGAGGGGUGAGAAGGGGGCUGAAGGCUCCCCUGGGCUUCCUGGCCUCCUGGGGCAGAAGGGAGAGAAAGGCGAUGCUGGCAACUCCAUUGGAGGAGGCAGAGGGGAACCUGGCCCUCCAGGGCUCCCUGGGCCCCCAGGGCCAAAGGGAGAAGCAGGUGUCGAUGGCCAGGUUGGCCCCCCAGGGAAGCAAGGAGACAAGGGGGAGCGUGGAGCAGCUGGAGAACAGGGACCAGAUGGCCCCAAGGGCUCCAAGGGAGAACCGGGGAAAGGAGAGAUGGUGGAUUACAAUGGAAACAUCAAUGAGGCUCUCCAGGAGAUCCGGACGCUGGCCUUGAUGGGGCCUCCUGGUCUUCCUGGGCAAAUUGGCCCACCUGGAGCUCCAGGGAUUCCAGGCCAGAAGGGGGAGAUUGGACUGCCAGGCCCUCCAGGACACGAUGGGGAAAAGGGACCUCGCGGUAAACCAGGAGACAUGGGCCCUCCUGGUCCCCAAGGCCCCCCAGGAAAGGAUGGACCUCCAGGAGUGAAGGGAGAAAACGGGCACCCAGGGAGCCCAGGAGAGAAGGGGGAGAAAGGGGAGACAGGACAAGCAGGCUCACCGGGACAGAAAGGAGAAGCCGGGGAGAAGGGCAAUCCAGGAGCAGAGGUUCCUGGGCUGCCAGGGCCAGAGGGGCCUCCCGGACCUCCGGGGCUCCAAGGUGUUCCUGGACCAAAGGGGGAAGCAGGACUAGAUGGAGCAAAAGGAGAGAAAGGCGUCCAGGGAGAAAAAGGAGACCGUGGUCCCCUGGGACUACCCGGAGCUUCAGGUUUGGACGGCAGGCCUGGGCCACCGGGUACUCCAGGACCAAUUGGAGUUCCAGGCCCAGCGGGACCAAAGGGUGAGAGGGGCAGCAAAGGAGACCCUGGGAUGACAGGACCAACGGGAGCAGCUGGGCUUCCUGGUUUACAUGGACCACCCGGGGACAAGGGAAACCGGGGGGAGAGGGGGAAGAAAGGCUCUAGAGGGCCUAAAGGGGAUAAGGGAGACCAAGGAGCGCCUGGAUUAGAUGCCCCCUGCCCAUUGGGACACCGAGGUUUUAAAGGAGAGAAAGGGGAGCCGGGGUUACCAGGGCUGGACGGACUGGAUGCCCCAUGCCCAUUGGGCGAAGAUGGCUUACCAGUCCAAGGCUGCUGGAACAAGUGAUGCCUCUAACCUUGGAUUGGCCUGUGUGUUUGUACAUAGAAUAUUUAUUUUUAUACAGUUUUCACUUUUUGAAAAUGCCAGAAGUAUGAUGCAUCUUACAGAUUAUUAAAAAAGAAAGAAAAACCUGCAUAUUUUGUACAGAAAAUAUCAACCUCUUCCCUUUUGUUUACAAGAUGUUUUGUAUAAGCCUAUGUCUCUAAUACAUUUUUUGUUUGGUCGUAAUGUCUGCAUGGUAUUUGUGCACACUUAUUAAGUAUCGAAGCUUAAUAAAUUAUUGUGUCCUGGUGCCAAAGGGGGCCAGCCAGAACUGAGGUGCUGGCUAGCUCAUGUGUGAAUUCACAUAAAUGUAGAGGUCCAUGAUAUUUGCUAAGCUAGGUGUGUCUAAGAGUAUUUUAAACCCUUAUGGAUUUUCAUUAUUAAAAGAAAUGAAACAUG